UGACUUUAUGUCACGUCAGUUACCUGUGCUUAUCUCGGCUCGGUUCGGUUCGGUUCGGUUCGAAACUUGCAUGACGUCGCAGGGUUCAGCAUCCAUACGCUGUCGUUUCAUCGUCUAUCCUCUCCUCUCUUCGGUCUGACUGUGAGUAUGGCUUCCGUAGCACAGCUGAAUAAUGACGAGCAAGAGGAGAAGGAAGAAGAAAGCAUGGGAGUGGGAGAGAUCGUAUGGCAAACCCCUGCCAACCCCCCACAACGAAGCGAUUAUAUAUUUCACAAUGGGAGGCGGCACGUUAGACCUUACUACUUCGAGUUCAUUGCUCAUGUUAAGAAUCGAUGGGCCGGCAAAACCAUCGUCGACUUGUUUGCUGAAGAGUUCAAAGGCCGACCUUACGAGUAUUUUGUUGAUGCAGUCAAAUGUGGUCGCAUACAAGUGGAUGGGGAGAUGGUGCCUGUAUCAUAUAUAGUUAAAUCAUCUCAAAAGAUAAGUCAUUUCCUGCAUAGGCAUGAACCCCCGGUAAUGGCUUGGGACGUGAAAAUUCUCAAAGAAGAAGCAGAAGUGCUGACAGUUUGCAAGCCUGCAUCUGUUCCGGUUCAUCCAUGUGGUCAAUAUAGGAAGAACACAGUUUUCGGUAUACUUCAGGCAGAGCACGGUUUGGCACCUCUAUUUCCUAUACAUCGACUAGACCGUCUUGUCUCUGGACUUCUUAUCCUUUCUAGAAACGCAUCCAAAGCUGACCUUUUCAGACAACAGAUUGAGUCUGGGCUGGUGAAGAAACAGUAUCUUGCGAAGGUAGUGGGUGUAUUUCCAGAAGAAGAGCAAGUGGUUGAUGUUAACAUAAAUUACAAUGCUCGAGAGGGAAAAAGCACAGCGGAGGACACUCCAACAAAGGGGAAGGCUGCUCAAACAAAGUUUACCCGCAUAUGUUCCGAUGGAGUCCAUAGCAUUGUUUUAUGUGAACCAAUCACUGGCCGAACUCAUCAAAUCCGUGUGCAUUUGCAGUAUACAGGGUAUCCUAUAGCCAACGAUGUACUGUACCUUACAAAAGAAACUUCUGGUCGUUCCGUGCAAAAAACAGGUACAGAUGGGGCUGCUGCAAUAUCAGCCUGUUCUCGGGCACGUGAUAUUCAAGAAGAUUGUGUUAAUGCACGCAAUGAAAAAUCAAAUGAAGAUUUUAGAAUUGAUCCCAUGUGUACAAACUGUCCAAAUUUGGGUCCAAAGGGAUACGACCGGGAAGAAGAGGGCUUGUGGCUACAUUGUGUUCAGUACUCCGGACCAGGUUGGAUCUACGAAUGCCCAUAUCCAGAAUGGGCUUCACUUAAAUAGCAUU